GUUUACAUUUCAUUUCUACCUGUUGUUGUUAAUUGUCUCGUUGAUUUGAUUGUAUUUUUUUGUUACAUUUCCAAUAAUUAUCCUUUUUUAAUAAACUUUUCUCUAACAAGAUGGACUCUCAAGUGAUCCCAACUGAAUUAGUUGAAGGGAAUGACAAUAAAUGUGAAGAUAAUGUUGACAACAAAUUAAAUGAAUUUAAAAUUGUCUGUAAAAAAUGUUCCUGUGUAAUCCUGAGACCCAAUCAAGGUAAAUUUAUAACUCGAAAGAUUGAACUUCCCAUGGUUUCAACUACCAAAGGCGAGGAGAGUGUCCGAGAAACAUUGGAUGACCACUUGGAGGUUGAUGAUAUUUUCACCUAUGAAAACAUGGGCUUUAGUAAUACGGUUGAGGGAUUUAAGUAUUUGGUCUGUGCCGAAUGUGAAUAUGGCCCUUUAGGCCUGAUGAACAGCAACGAGAAAAAGUCUUACCUUUCACUGGAUCGAAUUGAACAAUUGAAAGAUAGUUAAUCAACUAAUCAAUUCUAAAUUGAGAUGAUCUUUUCUCUUUAUCCCUUGGCUCUUUUCAAUCUCCUUUCCAUCUUCUCUAACAUUUCAAUCAAUCUCAACUCGUUGGUGGUGCCGAUGAUCAUUUAGCUGGUCUAUUGAUCUUUACUACGAUUUAAAUAGUUUAAUGGACAAUUAAACUCUCCUCUUCCUCUUCUAAUCAGUUUAUUUGAAAGAAAACUAUUGACCACUGACCAUUUGUCUAUUGUUUCCAUUCCUCACCUGAACAUCAACUGGUCAACAUUUCUAAACAAAAAUGUCAACAAUUUACUUUCUCAAUUCAAUAUUUCUUAUUCUGUUUGCUAAUCUAUUGAUUCUUAAAUUGUGCUCAGCCCAAUCAGCUGAUAAUACACCUCAUGUUUACGAUAGUUCAGAGUUGACAGAACAAAAUGUUGAUUCUAAUCGUUCAUUAACAACCUUAAUUGUCGACAAGUUAAUCGAUAUACUUUUUCGGAUCAAUUGGCCUGCUCUUUUUGUUAAAUUGCUGAAAACUUUGGUUAGUUUUAUGAUCGAUGUUGCCGCUGGUGCGUUUUUUGGUCGAAGUUCAUUAACAUCACCAUUAACUUCAUUCUAAUCUCUUGGUGACAAACAAACAAAUGACAAUCUUUCAAUUUGGUUUCGGACAAAACAAUCAAUUUUUACAACGAUCAAAUUUUCAAUCAUAAUCAUUAACUUAUCCUUUUUGUAUCUGUGUUAUUUUUUAAUUGAUUUUCUUAUUAAAAGUAAUUGAUUAAAACUA